UUGUUGCUUUAGGUACAAAGGUUUCUUCUGUCAAAUGAAAGAUGGUGGCUGGAAGAAUACAAGUUUGAUGGGUUCAGAUUUGAUGUUGUGACUUCAAUGAUGUACACCUAUCAUGGGUUGCAAUUAAUAUCUGAGUAGCAUUUACUAGAAACUACAAUGAGUGCUUCGGAAAUGCAACUGAUGUAGAUGUUGUUGUCUAUCUAAUGCUGGUUAAUCAUAUGAUUCAUGGGCUAUAUCCUGAGGCUGUCACCAUUGUUGAAGAUCAGAAUGAGUUUGGUGUCCGGGAGAUCUUUGGGCCUAAUAAUGCUGACGGUUCACCACCAAUUCCCCAUGGUUCUCAAGUGAAGGAGCCAAUAAUUAACACAUAUGCCAACUUUAGAGAUGAUGUGCUUCCCCGCAUUAAAAGACUUGGAUAUAAUGCUGUUCAAAUCAUGGCUGUUCAAGAGCACUCAUAUUAUGUUAGAUUUGGGUAUCAUGUGACAAACUUCUUUGCACCAAGCUGUCGUUUUGGAACCCUUGAUGAUCUUAAGUCACUGAUAGAUAAGGCUCAUAAGUUGGAUCUACUUGUUAUUAUGGAUAUUGUGCACAGGAAAAGUAUGUAUACAAACACCCCCAGCCAAAAGGACCAAAAUCACUUAAAGUCUGAAUCACAUGUUGGAAUGGGUAGCAUGGAGCCAAUAAUUAACACAUAUGCCAACUUUAGAGAUGAUGUGCUUCCUCGCAUUAAAAGACUUGGAUGUAAUGCUGUCCAAAUCAUGGCUGUUCAAUAGCACUCAUAUUAUGCUUGAUUUGGGUACGAUGUGACAAACUUCUUUGCACCAAGCAGUCGUUUUGGAACCCUUGAUAAUCUUAAGUCACUGAUAGAUAGGGCUCAUGAGUUGGGUCUACUUGUUCUUAUGGAUAUUGUGCAUAGCCAUGCAUCUAAUAAUGUAUUAGAUGGAUUGAACAUGUUUGAUGGAACCGAUGCUUAUUACUUCCACUCGGGGUCAAGAGGUCACUACUGGAUGUGGGAUUCUCGCCUUUUUAAUUAUGGAAGCUGGGAAGUACAAAGGUUUCUUCUUUCAAAUGCAAGAUGGUGGCUAGAAGAAUACAAGUUUGAUGGGUUCAAAUUUGAUGUUGUGACUUCAAUGAUGUACACCUAUCAUGGGUUGCAGCUAUGACAGAUCGUCAUUGUCAAGCACCAAUAAAAGAGGUUGAAGCCAAUAUCGAUGUUGUAGUAACUACCAAUGUUGACCCAAAGGAUGCCUUUAUAGAGGAGAUGUCACAACAGAUCUUUUAACUACAACAUCAGUUGCAUAUACAAUAAGGGAAAGGAAAGAUAAGGAGGCAACGAAGGAGAAACCAAUCCAUACCAUAGAAAUAAUAGUGAUUCUGAUAAUAGCAUCCUAUUUCACCCAUGGCAAGUCGGAGACUAUCUAUUUGAAAAUCAACUUCAACCUAGCAUCUUGAAGAAUUCUUAGAUUGGUUACACACGGUGGAACGUAUAUUUGAAUACCAUAAUGGCCUUGAACAUGGCAAGGUGAUGCUAGUGGCCAUCAGACUUAGAAAGCAUGCAUCCUUUUGGUGAGAAAAUCUAAAGAAACAAAAGGAAAGAGAAGGUUGAAAAAUUACAACUUAGGAGAAGAUGAAAAUAGAGUUUAAAAGAAAGUAUCUCUUAGAUAACUUUCGGCAAGAUGUCUUUCUUAGGCUCUAUAACUUAAAGCAAAGGGAUCUUUUGGUGAAAAAAUAUAUUAACAAGGGAAGCAUAUCCAAGACUAGUGUUUUUACAAAAUCUUCUUUAAAUCUAACUUUAAAGAAGGAAUGAGCCAUUCAUAGCAAACCGUAAUCUAGUAUUGUUAACACUCAAACCUAAAGAGACUUCAAGUGCCAAGGAGUUGUACAUAUACAUUCUAAGUGUUCAAUUUUCAAGAUAGUUAUGUUAGUUGAAGAUGAAGAUCUUGAAGAUGCUAAUAGAGAACCUAUUGAAGUACCCCAGGAUCUUGAAAAAGAUGUUAAGAGUACCUAUGGUGAUCUUGAAUCCUCACUUGUUAUACAAUACGGCAUAAGUGAUGUGCAUGUAGACGAAGAAGAUUGGUUGCACAAGAAUAAAUUUCACACUAAAAGCAUUGUUCAAGAUAAGGUAUGUGAUGUUAUGAUUGAUAGUGAAAGUUUUAAAAAUAAGCCUCAAAACAGUAGAUCACCUUCAAUCAUAUAAGCUAUCUUGGCUGUAAAAAGAGAAUGAAAUCAAGGUUAACAAGAGGUGUUUGGUUUUUUUUUCUAUAGGAAAGCAAUACAAGGAUGAAGUGUGAUGUGAUGUAGCCUUUAUAGAUGCUUGCCUCAAUGAAGAGAGAAAAUCAAUUGCCUUUUUUAGUGAGAAGCUCAAUGAUUUUUGACAGAAGUACUCAAUUUAUGAUAAGAAGUUUUAUGCUAUUUAUAGAGCUUUGUUUUUUUGGAGUCAGUAUCCCCUUGUCAAGUCAUUUGUUCUUAAUUAUAGCCUUUGUCAUCAUUCCCAAACUGAUGAGGAAACUGAAGUUAUCAUUCACAACUUAAAAUUUUUUUGAGGAGUUAUGCAGACAAAAAAACUAAAACAAUAGAAACUUGUUUUACUAUAGGUGAGGUUUGGCUACAAUCAUUCACUAUGUCAAACCAUCGAUAGUAGCUUUUUUGAAAUUAUUCUUGAUAAGAAUGCAAUAUGUCAUUUGAAUUUAAUUCAACUUUAUGCUAACCAACAUUUUGAUGGAGAUUUAGAAAAAAAUAUCCAAAGUAUAAAAAUAUUUCAUGAAUAGGUUCAGAAUAGAAUUUUACAAAAAAAUGAGAAAUAUAAAAGAGCAAUAAUCAUGCAUUGAAGACGUGAAGUUCAAGGAACAUGAUUUUGUGUGAAAUUACUUACACAAAGAAAAGUUUUCACAAGAAAAAUUUGGUAAAUUAUACCCUAAGGUAGAUGGUCCAUUUAGAAUUCUUUAAACCAUUGGGGAGAAUGCCUAUAAGAUAAAGUUUCUCAACACUUAUGGAGUCUCUUCCACUUUCAAUGUUGAUGAUUUGUCACCAUACCAUGAUAAGAAUACUAGUUUAGACUUGAAGAAAAGUCUUUUUCAAUCAGAGGAGAUUGACACUGAAGUGUCUGUACAUCAUAUAACUUGGGUUGAGACUAAAGCAGACAUAUCUAAAAAUAAGAUAGGCCUACUUUUGAUCUAAAUUCACUAAAUAAAUGUAAAAGUAAGGUGGGCUGUAAUAUGAAGAUUGUGUUCAAAUUAAUUUGAAAAACAAUCUAAAAGAUUGCUUAAAGAUAAAGAAAAUUCUAGUCUGCUUUCUACCAAAAAAUAACAGCAAAUAAAUAGAUUAGGAACAUCCAUCCUAACAUGAGAACUUUUAGAUUGAAUUGUUAGAAUCAUGCCUAAAAUCAAAGAAUUUGCAUGUGAACACAAUAUUCUAUAAUGUGAAUGCAAUCUUUUACCCAUUUACUCUUGUAGAUUAUAUGAUAAUAAAUCUGAUCACAAUCUCAUCUACCUUCAUGCUCUUCUCUUCUAGCUAAUGUGAACAUAAUCUCUCUAUUUCAGUUCACCUUAUUUAUGCAUUUAUUUAGUGGAUUUGGACCAAAGAUAGGGCAAUCUUAUUUUUUUGGAUAAGUCUUUCUUAGUCUCAGUCCAAGUUCUAAGAUACGCGGAUACUCUGGUGUCAAUCUCCUCUGACUAGAAAAGAUUUGUCCUUAAGUCUGAAUUAGUAUUCUCACCAUGGUAGGGUGACAAAUCAUCAACAUUGAAGGUGGAAGACACUCCAUAAGUGUUAUAAAGCUCUAUCUUAUAGGCAUUCUCUCCAAUGCGUUGGUGAAUUCUAAAUCGACUAUCUGUCUUAGACUGUAAUUUGUCAAACUUCCAUUGUGAAAACCUUUCUUUGUGCAAGUAAUCCCACACCAAAUCAUGUUCUUUGAAAUUCACGUCUUCGAGGCAUGAUUAUUGCCCUUUUACAUUUCUCAUUUUUUUGUAAAAUUUUAUUCUGAACCUGUUUAUGAAUAUUUUAAUACUCGUUUUUUUUUUUUACAUCUCCAUCAAAAUGCUAGUUAGCAUAAAGUUGAAUUAAAUCCAAAUGACAGAUUGCAUUCUUACUAAGAACAAUUUCAAAAUGAUUGUAAACAAUGGUUUGAUUUAGUGAGUGAUUGUAGGUGAACUUCACCUGUAGUAAAACAAGUUCCCAUUGUUUUAGUUUUUUCCUGCAUAACUCCUUAAGAAAAUUUUCAAACUAUGAUUGAUAACUUCAGUUUCCUCAAAAAUUUUCAAGCUGUGAUUGAUAACAUUAGUUUUCUCAUCGGUUUGGGAAUGAUGACAAGUAAGAGUGUAAUCGGUCGAAUUUGAGCCGAUACAAUAUCAAGCUCGAGCUUGAGCUCGAUUCAAAAUUCAAGGCUCGAAACUCAGCUCGAACUUGAUUGAGUUUUAUUUUUUUAACUCGAGCUUGACUCGAUAUAGAAAUUGAGCUACUCGAGCUCGAUUAACAUGUAAAAAAAAGCUUGAUUCUUAUAUUUGACAAAAGCUCGAUUAUUUGUGCUCGAGAUCGAAUUCGAGAUAUUUUAUUAAAUAAAAUAAUAAAAAUAUAAAAGCUUUGUUAGGGUCGUGAGUUAUCCGAAUCAGGUAUAAGAAUACUUGAACUCGGCUCGAUUGAUGAGUUGAGCUACUCGAGCUCGAACUCAACUCAAUAAUGAUUGAGUCGAAUUUGAGUUUUAUUCGAAUCGAAUCCGAGUAGCUUGCGAGUACUAAUAUAUCAUUUACACCCCUAAUGACAAGGGCUAUAAUUAAGAACAAAUGACUUGGCUCGGGGAUAUGGACUUUAAAGGAACAAAGCUCUAUAAAUAGCAUAGAACAUCUUGUCAUAAAUUGAGUACUUCAAUCGAAAAUCAUUGAGCUUUUCACCAAAGAAGGUAAUUGAUUUUUCCUCUUCAUUGAGGUAAGCAUCUAUAUGGGCUACAUCACACUACACUUCAUCCUUGUAUUGCUUUUCUAUGAAAAAAGGAACUAAACACUUCUUGCUAUCCUUAAUUUGAUUCUUUUUUCGCAGGUAAGACAACUUAUAUGGUUGGGGGUGAUCCACUGUUUUGAAGCUAAUUUUUGCACUGUAAAAGUAGAAACAACGUUUUCAAAACUUUCACUAUCAAUCAUAACAUCACAUACUUUAUCAUGAAUAGUACUUGAAUUUAUUCUUGUGCAACUAGUCUUAUUCCUCUACAUGCACAUCACUCACGUUGUAUUGUAUAAUUGUGUGCUAACUUGUUUUUAUAUAUUAUGCACAAACUCAAAGCU